CAUCAACAAGACCGCGCAGCAUCUGCUACAACCAAAACAUACCACCAUAACUUCCCAUACCCAACCGCCAUGACAGAUCAGACACACCGCGACUUUCAGGCGCGCAGCUCUCGCAGUCAGACUCAGCGUCUUGAUCGCGCACGUAAUCCAGCCAAGCUCGUCAAUGAUCGUCCACAAAAAAUUUUCUUUGGAGUCUCGGCAAUCACAACAUCCGAUGAUAAGAUCGAAAUGGGCCUUUGCGCUCAUGAUGGCACCUACAGUAUGGACUUUGCAGUGCACUGCAUCGAGGCCAAGCGUGAUGGCGCAAAGACACUCUCAGACUUUGUCAUCAUGAGGGUCAAGGAGUAUCAGAAUGUUCGCAAUGUCAAAUGCCUUGGAGCCGGCAUAUCGAAAGCUGCUCAUGACAUCUCUCCGGAUCUGCCUGCCAGGAUGUGGGCAGAGCUCGACAUACCAACACUGGAGUUCGAAAGAAACCCCGUCGAGGGCGAUAUCAUCACGGGAGAAGUUGACGUUGACGAAGAAGCUGAUGCCAUGGCAAGAAAAUGCGUCGUCAUGUACGGCCCACAAAAGCAACCUCUUCUCCAGGUCGGUUUCUUGAAUGAGGUCUCAGUCGAUGCUGCAGGUCACGCCAUACUUUGCACCCUGGAGCAAUAUCGUAACACAGUCCGCAAGACUACAUGGGACGCCACAAUGCACUACGCCGAGCGUCUGAAGAAGCGUGGCAUCAGAAUGGCAUUCUUGAACGCGACCCCUCAAGGAGGAGGUGUUGCUCUCAUGCGACAUGCCCUGGUCAGAAUUGCUCGUUUGCUUGGUGUUGAGAUGAAGUGGUAUGUCCCACGACCAAAGAAUGAAGUCUUUCGCAUCACGAAGACCAAUCACAACAUACUUCAGGGAGUAUCUGAGCCGGAUGAACGCCUCAGCGCCGAUCAAACCGAGAUGAUCAAGAACUGGAUUCACAGCACCGCCAAACGUGAGUGGGUGCGUAAGAGAGGACCUCUGGCUAAGAUUGAAGACGGUGGUGCUCAUAUCCUCUUUGUUGAUGACCCUCAAAUGCCUGACAUUGUACCCCUGGCAAAGGAGAUUGAGCCGAACCGUCCUGUGCUAUAUCGCUCUCACAUCCAAGUCCGUGCAGACCUGGUAGAUGGUGCACCGGACAGCCCCACUGCAGAGGUCUUCAAUUGGCUGUACUCGCGAAUCAAGGAGGCCGAUCUUCUCAUCGCCCAUCCUGUGCGCGACUUUGUGCCAAAGCUUGUAGAGCCUCAGAAAGUGGCUUACUUGCCCGCUACUACUGACUGGCUAGACGGUCUCAACAAAGAGCUUCGUUUCGAAGAUUCUCGCUAUUACCUCGACAUUUACAAUGCCCACUGUCUCGAAUCCUCCCAACCUCAACUCGUCUUCCCGGCUCGCGACUACAUUGUCCAAAUCGCUCGCUUCGACCCCAGCAAAGGCAUCGACACCGUCAUCCGCUCAUACGGCGAAUUGCGCAGAAAAUACUACAAAGACACACCAGUACACCAAACACCCCAACUCUGCAUCGCCGGCCACAGCAGCAUCGACGACCCCGAUGCAUCAGCCAUGUUUGUCAAAACCAUGGACUUGAUUGAGAACGAGUACCCCGACCUGGCAUCCGACAUCUCAGUCAUGCGACUCGGACCCAUCGAUCAAGAGUUGAAUGUAUUGAUGAGCAAUGCAAAAAUUUGCCUGCAGCUCUCCACUCGUGAAGGGUUUGAAGUCAAAGUCUCCGAGGCAUUGCACAAAGGCGUUCCUGUUAUUGUGACCAGAGCUGGUGGCAUUCCUCUGCAGGUCGAAGACGGCAAAUCUGGAUUCCUGGUUGACACUGGCGAUUAUGAAAAGGUGGCUGAGUAUAUGUAUCAGUUGUUUACUGAUAGGGAUUUGUACGCUGAGAUGAGCGGGUACGCUGCUGCACAUGUCAGCGAUGAGGUCAGUACGGUAGGAAAUGUGCUUUCUUGGCUCUACCCGGCGGACACGAUGACCAGAGAGGAUGGCAAGAAGCUGGAGACCAAUGGAGCGUGGAUUAAUGACUUGGCCAGAGAAGGAGCAGGCAUCCCAUACGAAGAAGGCGAGCCCAGAUUACCCAGACACUACAAGACUUGAAACAGAUAAUAGCUGAGCGGGAAGAAGUUGCACAAAUACGAUAAUUGCUUCUGAAAAACAUACCAAG